AUGGACUUCCGAGGCCAAGCCCUCGCGGAGUGGAUGAUGACGCUGAUCAUCGUCCUCUUCUCCCUCGGCGGGUUCCUCUACGGGUACCACGUCGAGAGUUACUCCGCGAUGAUGACGACGUACGUCACCGGCGUCGCGCUCGCGUUCGUCACGACGUGCCCGGACUGGUGGUACUUCAACCUGAACCCGGUGAAGCUCCUC